GUUCUUCCGCAACAGGUAAAGCAAGUCCGCCUCGAAUUUUACUAGUUUUCCCUCGUAUCUUUCAGUGUUAUAAUAAUUUCGAAAACAAAAGGAAACAAACUGCAGUGAGGAAACGAGUUGACUCGAGCAAAGUUCUAAUUGAGAUUGAAGAAACCCGUCGGAAGGUCUGCUUUGCGAUGUCCCUUCGGACUUUUUACCUUAUUUUCUACUUAGAGACGAGUUUAAUUUUUACGCUAGCUUGCAAUUUGCAGAGGAAUGAACACGAAAGCGAGGCCGACCAGGACAUCAUUGCCAUAGUAACUAAUGGGACCAUGCCACCAGUGAAUGGAGCUCAUAAUUCCACCGAAAUCCUACAAAAACUUUUCAGAAACUACGACAAAAGGUUGAGACCUGACUAUGCAGGAAAGGCUCUUCUUAUAACAGUGUCUCUGGGAAUUUUGUCCAUAGGGAACAUUCGUACUGAGGACAUGGAAUUUACGCUUGAUGCGUACAUGAGGCAAAUAUGGAAAGAUACCAGGUUAGUGUUUGGUAGUAGAGACAUCGCUCUUACUUUACAACAUGAAGCAUUAAACGACCUUUGGCUACCAGAUACUUACUUCGAAAACGCUGUGAAAACAUCUGUGCACCAAGAAACACGCACCAUGGUACUUUAUGGAGAUGGCUUGAUAGUUUUCAGUCAGAGGGUAACAAUGACUGCCACAACUCUGAUGAAUUUUCGUGCCUAUCCCAUGGACACGCAAGUUUUCAGAAUGGAUAUGCUAAGCUAUGGAAGGGAUAUCAAACAGCUGCGCUAUGCAGGAAGCAACGUCAAACUCUUUAACAAAGAGAUGUCUGAAUUCAUGAUUACGAAACAAAGUGUAGAGAUGAACGCCAAAGAGCUAUUUAUGGGUUGUUUUGAUGUGGUAACAAUAAAGUUCACCGCAGCAAGACGGAUUGGGUAUUACAUCAUACGUAUCUAUCUCCCUUGUGUUCUCUGUACGGUUGUCUCGUGGAUGGCAUUUUGGAUGGACCCUGCCUACAUCGGAGACCGAAGUGCAAUUGGUAUCACCUCCCUUCUCACCCAGAUAUUCCUGGUCGGAAGCAUUAAUGAGGCUAUGCCGCGCGUCAGCUAUGUGAAUGCCGCUGACCUAUUCUUGAUUGUUUCGUUUUCGUUUACGUUCUUAGCGCUCGUUGAAACUGCUGCCGUCUACAGGAAAGCUGUAUCCAUAGGACGGAUAGAGAAUGGAAUUUCCUCUGAGGAAGAAAAGAAAAAUGACACGACAACUGCUCAAAGCCUCGAGAGUAGUCAAGACGAAAGUGUAUCGUCAGAAGGCCCAACGGCAUUUCAAAAUCACGAGGAUGUUACAGCACAUGACAAUCGUCUGCGGGUGAAAUUACGCACGAAGGUCUUUGGAAAUAUGGAAAGUUUGGAAAAUCAUUUAGACAUAAUAGCUAGAGGAUUCUUUCCUCUUGGGUAUACUAUUUUCAUCACGGUAUACUUCGUAAUGUUUCUCGUUGUUCUUUGAAUUCCUUUUAUCAAAUAUGUGUGAUAUAUCUUUACCUCCAUGAUGCAAUUAGGCGUAAAAGCACAAGGUUAGGCGGUGUAUGCUGUACUUGUUGAGAUCACAAUGCAUAUACCGAGGCAUUAUAACCAGUUUAUAUUCUCUUGCACUUUCAUAAUACGUACAAUUCUACGAACGCGUGAUUGGGAAGCUUGUCAAAAAAUAAGGCGGACAUUAGGAAAGUUGCAAUUUUCUCGUUGAAGAGUCUAAUUGCUUAUACUUUUUCUUUUUUCAUCCUUCGCGUAACUUCACUCUUUCUGUAUAACGUGAUUUUAGAAAUUACCAGGCAAUACACUCGGUCUAAUAACUACUAAGGAUUUAAACCAAUUACUGCAUGUAGAUGUUCACAUUUAAAUUGCAACUUGAAAGGACUACUGCCUAAAUUGCAAACUUUACAGUUUACUUAGAAUAUUGGCAUUUUUCACCCUAGAUAACUAUGUUUAGUUUUUGUAAAUCUCUCUGAAAAUCUUUCUAGCUAAACAUAAUAAUGUACUUAGUGUAACAUAGUAAGGAAAUGUGAAAUAAACUAUUGUUAUUUUUU